GUUCGUUCCUUCCUUCUGUAUUUGCGACACACACACACACACACACACAUAUACACACACACAGCUUGACUCAAGUCAUUAGGAAGCCAGGGAAAAUCACCUUCACUACCUUCAUUUCAGAUUUACUUAACUUGAUCCAAUUCUUUGUCGAUCGUUCACUCCGGUCCUUUCGCUCUCAUCACCUUCAACAAUCGACAGAUAUGCUGAUUUCAUUCGGGACCACGUAUUCCGACUGCUUCUGAGCAUCGAAGUGGCACUGGACCCAAGGAGCAAUCUUGCACGAGUCAAGCACCACGCAAACUCGCCUGUGAAACACAUUCCCAUCCCUGCGAUUUAGCGCAUGGCCGAGCUUCUGGGGCCCAGGACAGUAACUUGGCCUAUCAUACAGUGAUCAUUUGGUGGCGCUCCAGCGGCUUGCUGCAUUCCACGCUUACCCGAGACCAGUGCCAUCCUCCGCUGGCUCGACAAACCUUCCCCCGCCAUGAAGGGCAUCUUCAGAAGAAAAGAUCCCAGGUCGAGUCACCAUGAUCCCAGAUCAAACAGAGCACGCUUAACCCCUGCCGUUGGCCCCGAUCGUAUACAAGACUACUCUCAUAAGUCACCGAGAUUGAUCAGCGACAAAUUCACUUCUUCGGCAUUGGGCCACAACAUGCCCAACAUUUCCAUCCCUGAUCCUCCUGAUCCGAGAUCGCAUCCGGCCGCUUAUCUUCGGAGCAUACAUGCCGUAAGACAACGAACACGCUUGGUGCUUGAUGAGGCUAAAGGCAAUGCACUCUACCACUUCGAUGUCGACUUGUCCAAGUUCAAGGAUACGGCAGAUUAUGUAGUUGCCAUCAUCAAGCGAGACUUUCAGGGCAACUAUGCCUCGAUCCCUCCUCAUGGGCGAUGGCAGCAUUUCGAAGUUGGGGGACGGCCGAGAGUUACCCAGCUGCUUCAGUCAUGGCCAAAUUCAGUCGACAAUCAGGAGAGGACGCGCCGACUUAUCGAUCUUUUCCUCGUUUCGGUACUUUUGGACGCUGGGGCUGGCACCAAAUGGUCCUACAAGUCCAAGGAAUCGGGCAAGGUCUAUAACCGAAGCGAAGGUCUGGCCGUGGCGAGUCUAGAGAUGUUCAAAACUGGCGCAUUUAGCAGUGACCCUAACCAGCCCCACCAAGUUGAUGCCGCCGGCCUCCAAAAAGUCACCACCGACACAUUGGCGAAAGGAAUGCAAGUAACAGAGGCAAAUCCCAUGUCAGGCCUUGAAGGCAGGGCUGGACUCCUUGUCAGACUUGGAAAAGCUCUUCAAAAUGCCGAGAUCUUUGGUCAUGAUGGGCGACCUGGAAAUAUGAUAGAUUAUUUGUUGUCUCACCCUACCACACAGGCUGCGUCCGUACCCAUCAUCUUGAUGCCUACCUUAUGGAGUGUUCUGAUGGACGGCCUGUCGAGCAUUUGGCCAGCAACCCGAACGAACAUAAAGGGAACACCUUUGGGAGACGCCUGGCCUUGUCAAGCUAUGCCUAAAUCACCGCCUGCUCAUCCUUGGGAGACGAUUGUGCCUUUCCACAAGCUGACACAGUGGUUGUGCUAUUCUCUCAUGGUCCCGAUGACCAAAUUGCUCAAUGUUCAUUUCGCCGGCGAGGAUCUGAUGACAGGUCUGCCAGAAUAUCGAAACGGAGGCCUGUUGGUCGACACCGGCCUCUUGACGCUUAAAGAGGGAGAUAGGCAAAGAGGGCUCAAGAAUUACCACCAAAUGGUUGGAGACGGAAACGCAGUCGAGGUUGUACCAACUUUUGAGCCCAGUGACGAUGUGAUUGUCGAAUGGAGAGCUGCCACUGUUGGAUUCCUUGACGAAUUACUUGCUGCUGUGAACAAGGGCCUCGGUUUGGAAGCUUCCGAGCAGCUGACUCUUGCUCAGAUGCUUGAAGCUGGCACGUGGAAGGGAGGACGUGAAAUUGCAAAAGUGUCCCGUCCAAUUACUGGCGGCCCACCCAUUGGCAUCAUAUCGGAUGGCACUGUUUUCUAAGAAUGUUGAAUGUGCCCCAGAGCGCCAGUAGAGUUUAUUGAUAUUGAUGGAUCACAGAGACAGAAUAACGAGGUUACGCAACGCCCGGAGGUAAAGGCCAGCAGGAAAUCACCUUCAGUACCAUAAAUAUCUCAUUCAAUGUGCUUACAACG